UGAUGAUCACUCACCGCUUGUGUGUCCUUCCUUAGGAUGCAGCACCAUGGUUCACGCGUUCCUCAUCCAUACGCUGCACCCUCGGCCCGGGGAAGAGGCCGGGCUCUGCCGGGUGCUGUAUUCCAGGGUCUUUGGCUCUGAGAGGCCGGACCAGUCCCCGGAGCAGCCCGGGCCGCAUGAUCUCGAGAAGGAGAGACUGGGCAGGAAGGAGCAGAUUUUGGCUGUGGCCAGGCAGGUGGAUUCAGCAUGUAAACUGCUGCACCAGGCGUCAGGGCGCCCUGCCUCUGACUUCCCCAUCCAGCUGCCCGACGAGCCCAUUUCCCUCCAGGAUGCCCCAUCCGGGGUGUUCCGCCUCCCUCCCGGGGAUCCCUUCUGUGAGAACAAGACGGUGCUCUGGCUGGGGGUCCUGUCUCUGGGCUUCGCUCUGGUGUGCGACCCCCAGGAGAACCUGACGCUGGCCGAGAACACCCUGCGGCUGGUGGUAAAGUAUCUCCUGGAGCAUCUGAAGUUGCUGAACCAGGGCAGCGACGUGGUCCUCAAGGCAGACAAGACCGAGAUCAUCUUGAGCAAGUUUCUGCCCCAUGGGCAGUUGCUCUUCCUGAAUGAUCAGUUUGUCCAGGGACUAGAAAAGGAGCUGGGUGCCUGUCUGGCCAAGUAGAAGGCUCUUAGUGGAGUGUGCCAUCGGUGCAUCUGCUGGGCAAACCCUCUGCCUGGGUCAGUCGGCAGGCAGCAUGAACGGUUGGGGGGGGCGGGGGUGCACUGUCGUUUAAAGGAGACACAUCAAGGUUGGUAGUUGUGGCCCUACUAGGUUUUAUUCUCAUCGUUCUGGCCAUGCAGCACGUCCCUCUGGCUGCCUCCUCCCACCGAAAUCUCCUGUCCCACAGCGGAGGCGGUGGCCGCCGUUAGAGGAAGGGGGAGAUGUGUGUGCGGUUGGGGAAUCAGCACUUGUCACCCGCUUGAAACGAUUGGUCAGUUCCUAUUCUCAAUAAACUUCGCUUGGCUGGGAGAAACCCGCCUGCGCCA